AUGGUCUUCAAGCUCAUUAAGCCGGCACCUUUGACGGAACAAGUGCGUUCCCGAGAUGGAUUUACCUACUUGUAUCGUGCCAUGAAGAUUAUUGGCUGGCUACCGCCAAAGGAUGGCAUGUGGCGUUAUGUCUAUCUCAGCUGGACAGUGAUGACCUUCGUGUGGAGCACCACGUAUCUACCACUGGGAUUUCUAGGAAGCUACAUUACGCAAAUCAAGCUUUUCUCACCAGGAGAGUUUCUAACCUCGCUUCAGGUGUGCUUCAAUGCUUAUGGAUCCUCUGUAAAGGUGUUCAUCACCUACUCGCAGCUCUGGCGUCUUAUCAAGGCCAAAGUAUUGCUGGACAAGCUCGACAUCCGCUGUAAAAGUCUCGAGGAGCGGGAGAAAAUUCAUAAAACUGUGGCACGCUGCAAUCAGGCUUUCCUCAUCUUCACUUUUGUCUAUUGCGGCUUUGCGGGUUCCACAUAUCUGAGCUCUGUGCUGAGCGGUCGUCCUCCAUGGCAACUAUACAAUCCCUUAAUAGACUGGCACGAUAGCAAACUGAAACUGUGGAUAGUCUCUACACUGGAGUAUAUGGUCAUGUCAGGCGCUGUGCUGCAGGAUCAGAUCGCAGACACCUAUCCCCUGAUGUACACUCUCAUCCUGCGUGCACACCUGGAUAUACUCAAGGAUCGUAUUCGCAAACUCCGCACUGAUGAAAAAAUGACUGAGAACGAAAAUUACGACGAGCUGGUAAACUGUAUUCUUGAUCACAAACUAAUAUUGAAAUACUGUACUUUGAUAAAACCUGUCAUCUCGGGCACAAUUUUCGUACAGUUCCUGCUUUGUGGCCUGGUCCUGGGCCUCACAUUGAUUAAUGUGUUCUUCUUUUCGGAUCUUUGGGCUGGCAUUGCGUCUUUCUUGUUUAUCAUCACAAUUCUGUUGCAAACAUUCCCCUUCUGCUACACCUGUAACUUCAUUAUGGAUGACUGUGACGAUCUGGCAAACGCUAUCUUUCAAAGUAAUUGGAUCAAUUCCGGCUCUCGAUACCAAUCGACUCUAUUGUAUUUUCUACACAAUGUGCAGCAGCCUAUCACUUUCAUUGCCGGCGGUAUCUUUCCGAUCUCAAUGAGCACCAACAUAAGCGUCGCCAAAUUCGCCUUCUCGGUUAUGACCAUCGUCAAGCAAAUGAAUAUUGCUGAUAAAUUUAAAACCGAUUGAAUUAUUUAUUGAUUUAACAUUCAAAAGUGAUACAAAUGUAAUU